AUGUCUAAUGGUUGGAUUGAUGGAAGGGGGCGUUCUAUCACUAACUUUUUAGUGAAUAGCCCUAGUGGAACUGUUUUUCUGAAAUCUAUUGAUACAUCAAGCAUAUCUCACAGUGGUGAAAAUAUGUUUGAAUUGCUUAACUCAAUGGUUGAAGAAAUUGGAGAAGACCAUGUGGUACAAGUUGUGACAGAUAGUGCUUCAGCUUAUGUUUUAGCAUGUGAGAAGCUAAUGGAAAAAAGGAAAAAACUUUUUUGGUCUCCAUGUGCUGCACAUUGUAUUGAUUUGAUAUUAGAAGAUAUUGGACAAUUGCCAGUGCAUGCUAAUAUCCUCUCCAAGGCUAAGAAAAUUACCACUUUUAUCUAUCGGCAUACAUUAUUGAUAAAUAUGAUUAGAAAGUUUGCUAAUGGCUAUGAUUUGAUUCGGGAUGGAGUGGCAAGAUUUGCUACUUCCUAUCUUACUUUGAGUCGUAUGCAUGAGUUGAAGGAGCCAUUAAGAAGUAUGUUUGUUUCUGAAGAAUGGUUAAAUAGUCCAUUUGUAAAAAAGAGUGAUGGCAAGAAGGUGAAAAAUUUAGUUGUUGGUGAAGCAAAAUUUUGGGAUGCCAUUGUGUAUCACUUGAAAAGUGUUAUACCAUUAGUGAAAGUUUUCAGACUUGGUGAUGGAGAUGCUAAGCCUCCAAUGGGAUACAUCUUUGAGGCUAUGGAUAGAGAAAAAGAAAAAAUAGCAAAAAAUUUUGAUGAUGUGAGCUCAAGGUAUGAAAGAAUAUGGGAGAUAAUUGAUGAAAGGUGGUUGUUGCAACUCCAUAGGCCUCUACAUGCAACUGCAUACUAUCUUACUCCAAGAUUUCACUUUGAUCCUAUUUUCAACCAUCAAGAUGAGAAAGUGACAGUUGGUUUAAUUCAAACUAUUGAGAGGAUGUAUCUGGAUGUUCCAACAAUGCUGAAGAUAGAUAGGUAA